UGACGAUAUAACAAGGGAGUGUAGGAGAAGCGAGUUAGGAUAUAUAAAUAAGAGAUCUUUCAUCUGUCUUCUACAACACACAAGAUCCAGCUCCUUUACUGCCUACUUACCUAGCCUAACCUACUUCCUCAGUGCCGAUAAAUUCUGAAGAAACUAAGAUGGCCAAUGAACAACUCAUAACAAAGCUCGGUGUUUCCACCUCGAAGAACGAUGAGGAAAUACUUGGCGCUCAAGGUUAUCAGCUCAUCAAUGUUGACCUCAGUGAAGGUGAAGAUAAUCAUGACAAACGGGUCUUUCUUUGGUACAAAAAAGAGUGUGGCAUGAGACCCGUGACCAGGAUCCAGUUUUCAUUCGUAGAUGAAAUGAGCAAAGGUCUUGAUAGCGCAGGGUAUGAAAAGAUCGACAAGAAUCUGAAUGCAGUAGCUGGUGGAAAGCCCAUUUACCUGUGGUACUUCUACGGCAACACUGAAUUUGACAUCCCUAUCAUGGACCUCGAGGUGAGCAAAGAUGCCAAAGAAGAGACUGCUCUUCUGCAAGAUGGCUGGGAGAGACUGGGAUGUGAACUGAACCGCGGUGCGGAGAAAACCAAGAACCUCAUCUACCUGUGGGUGAAGAGAGUGAAGCCGAGCUACAUCAGUGAGAUCACAGCAACUUCUGAAUUCACUUCUGACAAGCAAAAGUUUGAUCUGGGCUUCACUCGCGUGGAUGAAGACACCAAUCGUGGUGCUGGUGGAAACUAUGUCUACCUCUGGUAUCGGCGCACAACCGAUAAGAGCAAAGCUCUCACUGCUCUUAAUGUAUCCACUGAGUUCCAGGAGAAUGUGAGGUUCCAGAAUGAAGGCUUCAAAAAGCUCAGUGUUAAUCUCAAUGCCGGAACCACUGGAAAAGAUGUCUACGCAUGGCACCUGAACGAAGGAUGUGAAUCGCAGAUCAAAGCCAUGGUUCUUCUGAUCAACUGUGAUUCCUGUGGUGUGUAUCAGAAAGCUGGGGUCAGCUUUAUCAACAAAAAUCUCAACGAGGGCAACAAAGGCCAGAAAAUGUACAUAGCAUACCAAUAGCGCUCUAGCUUAAAUAAUCAAAUAUGUACUACUGCAACUAAGCACAAUCAUUGAAAAUCUUAAUAUGCUAAAAGCACAUUGGCUCUGAAGGUUUUGUAAUACACUCAACCACACACAAUUCAAGUGGCUUUUGUGAUUCUGUUAUAUUGCAUUAUGAAAUAAAGCAUUUUUAACCACAA